AUGUCGAGUACCCACGAGCUCCGUUCGAGUGCGACGAUUACAUACGGAAACUAUCGCACACUGCCUCUACAAUGCCACGGGUGCGGGGCUUUGUCGCAAACUACCGUCCCCGACGAGGCUGGCUACUACGAUCUAUCACGCAAGGCGGUCAAAAAAUACCUAGGCUUAGUGGAGGAAACGGGCGAGGAGAAGCCGGUGGAAACCGAUCAGAUCGUGCAGCAAGCGCUGCAGUCAGUUGAUGUCGAAGCCCUAGAACGACAAGGCAUCGACCUCAAGUCGCUAUUGCCGGAGCGGGCCCCCGUGGCCGAAGCCGCACCAGCACCAGACAAGCAUCCCCUCUGCGACCGCUGCCAUCACUUGAUCCACCACUCUGCCGGCAAAUCGAUCUAUCACCCAAGCAUCGAGUCCCUACGUGACACCAUCGACGAGUCACCUUACAAGCACAACCACGUGUACCACGUCCUAGAUGCCGCCGACUUCCCAAUGUCCUUGCUUUCAAAGCUCCACGGUCUGCUGGAUGUCACGUUGCGUACCCAGAACCGCCGCUCGAAGUCAGUCAAAUACCAACACGGGAGGCGGAUAGAAAUGAGCUUUAUCAUCAGCAGGUCCGAUCUCCUGGCGCCCCGGAAGGAGCAGGUCGACUCGUUGAUGCCAUACCUCAAGGAGACGCUACGGGAGGCACUGGGCAGGGUCGGUGGACGUAUCAGGCUUGGGAAUGUACACUGCGUCAGCGCGAAGAGGGGAUGGUGGACUAAGGACCUCAAGGAAGAGAUCUGGAAGCGCGGCGGUGCCGGGUGGAUGGUGGGCAAAGCCAAUGUGGGCAAAAGCCAGCUCUUUGAGGCCGUCUUCCCUAAGGGUAGGAUGGACUGGGAAGCUCCCAAGCACAAAAUUUCGAUCAAUGUCUACCCCAAAACACAACCGCAACCUACGUCGGAACCACAACCUACGCCGGAACCACAACCUACGCCGGACACAAACCCAGAAGCCGAAGUAAGCGCCGAGGCCACGGCUGAAACCGACCCCUCCGAGGACACCGAUUCGCACCCGACCUACGCCAUGUCCGACGUAUCCCUCCUCCCGCCCUCCCAACCCGAAACCAACUACCCCCCCAUGCCCGUCGUCUCCCCCCUCCCGGGCACGACCGCCUCCCCGAUCCGCGUCCCCUUCGGCUCCGGCCGCGGCGAGCUGAUCGACCUCCCAGGUCUAGCACGAAGCGACCUCGAAUACCACAUCACGCCCGAGAAGCGGCCCUCCCUCAUCAUGAAAUCCCGGGUCCUCCCCGAGCAACAAGUCCUCAAGCCCGGCCAAUCCCUCCUCCUCGGCGGCUUCCUGCGGCUGACCCCGCGCAACACGGCCGCGGAGGGCGACGACGAGCUCGUCUUCCUCGCGUACGCCUUCACGCCGCUCGAGGCGCACGCCACAGCCACCGACAAGGCCGUCGCCGUGCAGACCCAGACUCCCGACGCGCCACGCGUCGAGAACGUCGCUCUCCCGGGAACGGGCGCAAAGAUCCGCCAUGCUGGUGCGUUCCAGCUCCGCUAUGAUGUUACGAAGGCCCGCACUGGGCCGAUUACCCGCAAGGAGGCUCUUGGUUUGAAAGUUGAUCGCCUGCCGUACCGUGUGCUGGCGCUGGAUAUCCUGGUGGAGGGGUGUGGGUGGGUCGAGGUGGUGGUGCAGGUGCGCACGCGGCAGCUGUUCCCCGGCGGGGAGGGGAAGGGUGAUUGGGGGGUGGAGGGGAAUAUGCAGACGCUGGAUCUGAGGCCGGAGCCGGUGAAUGCGAGGAAGGAGAAGACGAGGGAGGAGGAGGAGCGGGGGGUGGAGGCCAAGUGGCCCGUCAUUGACGUGUAUAGUCCGGACGGGGCGUUUAUUGGGUAUCGGGCGCCGAUGAAUGCGUGGAUGCUGAACAAGCCCAGGGCGGAGACCAGGGCGCGGCCGAGGAAGAGUAUGAAGGGGGCGAAGAAGAUGGAGAAGAGGCAAUCGGAUCGAGUAAGAUACCCGGUGGAUACCGGAGAGAUCCGGAUCCAGAUAGAAAAACACGGGCAUAUCCACCGUCUCACCCGCCGCCAGCCGCUGCUCCUCAAAGCAAAAACACUGGAUCUUGCUGAAGUAGGGAGCGGUCUGGGCCGGGGUGACGGAGUAGGUGGCGACGCCGAUGAUGUCCUUGUCCGAGUGGUUGGUGGCCGUGUAGAAGGCGAGGGCGGUCUCCCCCGGCAGCACGCGCACCUCGCGCUGCUGCGGCGUGAACUUCCACGGCAGAACGUCCGACACCGACGACGAGAACGUCACCCGGAUCCGCCGCGCGUCCGUCACCGGCUCCAGCCGCGCCGCGAGGUCCUCGGGUGUCCCGUCACCCCCGCCGCUCCCGCCCCCGUGUGCGCGCACUGGCUGUCCGCCGUAGCCGGUGGUUUGGCAGAUCUGUGUACGAUAUGGGGUAUCAGUAAUUGGGACGGGGUGGGUGACCACGGUCUCCGCGAAAAGAAACGGCUCGAGCCGAAUCUAACCGCAGCGGGCUGCUGCCAUUGGGUUUGGGCACCUGCGCGGCGGCAAAAGAGGCAGGACCAGCUGGACGAGACCUCGGCGGCGACGCGCUGGGCGAGGCGCGGUAUUGGAUUCAUUGUCGGGGUGGGCUUAUCUCUCUCCACCUCCAUCCUCAUAAUAUCUUCGGCUCCCAGGACCAUCACUAGCUAG